UUUGCCCUCCGCUUGCUAUAUCGACGCCCACCAUCUCCACCACCAUCGCUCCGCUUCUCCUCUCCCAUCUCUCGCUUCGCUCCGCUUGCCUAGGGUUUCGCCUCCCGCCGGCAGCCGCGCCCCCGCCGCCCUCGCCUCAGAUCCCGCCGCCGGCGACCCCCCCACGAUCCUCCUCCCCCGCCGCCCGCCGAUCCCGUCGAGCUCCGGUUCGGUGUUUGCUCCCCUACUCCGCCGCCGCGACGCCUCGGGCUUGCAGAGUCUGGGCGGGCGCCGCGGGGGGAGUGCAGAUCUAGGGUUUGGGGGCUCUGGCUGGUGCAUGAGAAGGGCACUGGAGUACGGACGGCAUGGAGGUGGAGGCGGCGAGGAGGGACGCGGCCACGCUGGACCCGGAGCUGCUGCAGCUGCCGGAGCUCUCGCCUGGCGCGCUCCGGGAGAACCCCGCCCUUGCUGAGGCGCUCUACUCGCAGUGGCUCGCGCUCCCCGAGACAUCCAAGCUGGUGAACUCUUUGAUUGAAGAUGCAAAAGCUGGUGCUACAUUGAAUGUUACUGGGAGCUCUGCUAGCACAAAUGCUGCUUCAAGUGGUUCUUUGCCAUCAAUGUUUCCGGCUGGUAGUGCUCCUCCCCUUUCUCCUAGAAGCACUUCUGGCUCCCCCCGUGUUAUGAGGCGAGGAUCUGGAGCUGGACCAUCAUCCUUGGGAUCUCCACUAAAAGUAGUUAGUGAACCAGUGAGGGAGGUUAUACCCCAGUUUUACUUCAAAUAUGGGCGCCCUGCUCCAAAAGAUUUGAAGGAGCAAUGCUUAUCUAGAAUAGAUCACCUCUUUUUUGCAGGGGAGGGACUCCAGAUUCAAGAAUUUAGAUCAGUCACAAAAGAUAUAUGCAAACUUCCAUCGUUCUUCUCCAGUGUUCUUUUCAAGAAGAUCGAUGCUGCAGGCUCUGGAACUGUCACAAGGGAUGCGUUUGUUGAUUACUGGAUCAAUGAUAACAAGAUUACAAUGGACACAGCUAGCCAAAUCUUUGAAAUAUUAAGAAAGCCGGAUUACAAUUAUCUCACUCAGGAGGACUUUAAGCCUGUCUUAAAAGAACUUCUGGCAACUCACCCUGGAUUAGAGUUCUUGCAAGGCACCCCUGAGUUUCAGGAGAGAUAUGCUGAGACUGUAAUAUACAGAAUCUUUUAUUCCAUAAAUAGAGCUGGAAAUGGCCAUCUUACCCUCAGAGAGCUAAAACGUGGGAAUUUAAUUGCUGCGAUGCAGCAGCUGGAUGAGGAAGAGGAUAUCAAUAAAGUGUUGAGAUACUUCUCAUACGAGCACUUUUAUGUGAUAUACUGCAAAUUUUGGGAGUUGGACACAGAUCAUGAUUUUUUGAUUGAUAAAGAGAACCUUAUCAGAUAUGGAAAUCAUUCAUUAACCUACCGAAUCGUUGAUAGAAUCUUCUCACAGGUCCCAAGAAAAUUCACAAGCAUGACAGAAGGAAAGAUGGGUUAUGAAGAUUUUGUUUACUUUAUUUUGUCUGAGGAAGACAAAUCAUCCGAGCCUAGCCUUGAAUACUGGUUUAAGUGUAUUGACCUUGAUGGAAAUGGCAUUUUAACCACCACUGAAAUGCAAUUUUUCUAUGAGGAGCAAUUGCACCGGAUGGAGUGCAUGGCACAAGAACCUGUGCUUUUUGAGGACAUAUUAUGCCAGAUGAUUGAUAUGAUUGGACCAGAGAACGAGUGCUACUUUACACUACGGGACUUAAAACGGUGUAAACUCUCAGGGAAUAUAUUCAACAUCCUAUUCAAUCUCAACAAAUUUAUGGCAUUUGAAACUCGUGAUCCAUUCCUCAUUCGCCAGGAACGUGAAAAUCCAACUUUAACCGAGUGGGAUCGGUUCGCACAUAGAGAGUAUAUUAGAUUGUCCAUGGAAGAAGAUGGUGAAGAUGCUUCAAAUGGAAGUGGUGAUGUGUGGGAUGAAUCGCUUGAAGCUCCAUUUUGAAAUAUCUCUUGCUGGCUGAAUCUUGUGGGACAUGGAUGGAAUUGGUUUGGAGGUCAAAGAAAUGUAAAGUUGUUCGCUAGCCUGUGGAGACCAUUGCAGGCUUGAGGAAGUUUCAGUAACACCAAAGACUUCUUACAGGAUUUACUGUGCAGGUCUGAUUCGAUAGUAUCGGUUGUCCAGUUGUGCAAAACAUUUUUGCUUGGCAGGAGAAACGAGGAAGUUGAUGUGGGCGUCCUGCCUUGUCAAGGCAACAACCUCAACAGUCUCAAGUGAUGCUAUAGUGGGGGACCUUUCAUGGUCAACAUGUUUCUGUGUUCUUAUUGGUGCUUUAGGGGGGGAUGUCGGUUUAUUCAAUUGCUGUGCUCAAAUUUUGGAGCUGAACUGUUAUUGUUUGGCUGCCAUUUUCUUUGUUAUUUUGUGGAAGUGCGAGCAAGCAAUUCCAUCAUUAACUUUGAUCAUGGUAUGUAGCUUUCUGGUUCUGCUUUCUGUUCAGUAUGGUGUUUUGUAGCUGUUGCCGUCACUGGGUACAUUUUGGGAGGUAAGGUAAAAAGACCUCAGGAUAUGGAUAUCUGUUGUCAUUACCCAUUUGUAACAUUAACAAGAAACGGUGGAUGGGUGCAUAAGAAAUUUAAAUGAGGAUGUAGGUUCCAUCAUCAA